AUGACUCCACGGGCAAACACCACAAAAAAGCCACACUCCCCCACCCCUAUCCCCUCACCACCCCCCUCAACCUCAACCUACUCCACCUGCUCAAAGAAAUGCUGCACAAACCCCUGCAUCGCCGGCCCUUCCUCUUCCACCCCUAAUAAACGACCCACAUCACCUACACCCCCAUUUACGUACUAUUCGAGCAUUUCGAAUCCAUACCUUGGACCCAAGCGGCUGCGUUGUGCGCCACAGAACCUAAAGGUCCAUGCGCCACUUGAGUAUCCGCGACAGGAAAGGAAUGGGAGGGUUGACAAGGGCAAGGCAAGGGCGAAGAUAGAGAUGGUAGGAGGAGGAAGAGGAGGAGGAGCGCAUAUGAUGAACUAUACGAGGUCGAGGAAGAAGUGGAGUCAUGAUACUGUUGCUCGCAUGCGGCAAGAAGAUAAUAGUAGUAGUAUACGUAAUACUGCUGCUGCUCCCGUUAUCUCCCCGCCAGCUCCUGCACAGCCGCAUGUCGCUGUCGCUGUCGCUUCCCCGGCAUCCAGACGCGAUAGCAUGGAGCCCGAAGCCCAGAGGAUGAAUAUAACGCCACUUGCUACUGUGCUGUCACCGCAGCCGCAGCCGCAAUCACCAUCAGCUCAGCGCCAAAUGCAGCAUUCUGCGAAUGAGAGUGGAGAGGAAGUUGUAGAGAGGGAAAAAGGCAAGAGCAAGUUGCACCUCAUGAAGCGCAUUUGGAGUAGUCUUACUCGCAAGUGA